AUGUCCCAGACCGCUCUGACAUUCAGCAGCGGACCACCUCAGAUUCUGACAGCCCAUCACCCCCCGCCCCCCACCCCUCUGCGCUGCCUGAUUAAAGCAUCCCCCAAACCUCCCCCGCGGUCAGGAAAGACAUCACCACGAUCCAGCUGCCUUCCUAACCAGUUUGGCUAUCGAGAUGGAGGCCCCAACCCCUCAGAGGGCUCGUCAUCCGGGGCCCAGGCCGGGGGCACACAGAACGCCUCUGGAGGAUCCGCAGCUCUGGAUGACCAGCGCUGUAACGGAAACCUCCUCAAGAAAAACAAGAGCCAGGGGGCCACGGAGGACAGCAGCGGGGGGCACCGGUACAGUGCAGACCCCACCAUCUUCCUGGGCGAACGGACGUCCAGGGGCGACACGGACGAGGACGGCUACAUGACGGCCACCAAGGAAAAGAGCUCUUCAGAAUACCUGAACCCGAUCGAGGAGAACCCGUUCGUCUCGCGCCGUAAAAACGGCGAAAUCCAUGCCUUGGACAACCCGGGCUACCACAGCACCCCCAACAACCAGCCAGGCAAGGGGGAGGAUGAGUACAUGAACGAGCCCCUCUACCUCAACACCUUCCGCAUCCCGGCGGAUCAUGGCUUAGAAGUCCUCAGGAGGAACGGCCUGCCAUUACCCUCCCAGACCCCUUCUUCCAUCUCCGCCACCACCUCAGGAUCCCAUCUUCCGUUGACCAUCCAGACCAGCUUGCCCCAUUACCCGUUACCCUCAGCAGCGCCUUCUCCGGCUGGCUUGGCUUGCCAUCACCUCCCUUUCCACCACACUUUGAAAGCCGGUCAGCUUGGUAACCCAACCAGUGUAAGCCAGAUCGGAACCUCGGCCCAAGUUCAAGCGGGUCAGUCGGGUACCACGUCUACUGCAUCAUCCAUGGCCAUCGGCACGCUUCCAGCCUACCAGAGCCACGGAGCGACCAUGCUCCCCGGCGGCAUGCUCAAACAUGGAGGCUAUACGACAGGGAAAGGAAGUGGCAAAAAGCUCAAGGUUACUUUUGACAAUCCUGAGUACUGGCAGCACAGUUUGCCUCAGAAAUCCUCCGCGCAGAUGGUAGUGGACGGCGCACAAGGAGGGUCCACCAACACCAAGCUGUUCUACAAGCAAAACGGACACAUAAGACCACCCACGGUGGCAGAGAAUCCGGAAUACAUGUCAGAAUUCUCGCUCAAACCGGGUACAGUUCUCCCACCGCCACCUUACCGGCAACGAAACACUGUUGUCUAG